UUUUAUCCACUUAUUUCAUUUCAAUCCAUCUCUCCAAUAGCGGCAGUCCUGCAGGAAAAAGAAGAAUUCCCACUGUUAGAGCAUUUGAGAACCGUUUCCAUCAUUUAACAGAUUUUGUUUCAAGGAUGUCUUCAAGCUACAAUAGGCAUUCCAAUGCUCCAAACAAUAAUUGUAAUGAGUGCAAAGGCAAAGAAAUUGUGGAUCUUGUUCGAAAGAUUGAAGAAUCAUAUAGCUCCAUAUGUCAUAUGAAAGGUGAAAAUAUUGAGGAGCUGAAUGUAAAUGAAUUGACGGAAUUAGAGAAUAAGAUUCAAGCAGGAAUACAACGUAUUAAAUCAGAAAAGGAUCUUCGUUUGAACGAACAGAAGAAGACAAUAAAAAAGGAAUAAGGAAAAUCAGAAGGGUAGUUAAUCAAAGACAAUGCAUAUAGUCUAUUUAAAUGUAUAAAUAUUUCCUUAUGUAAUAGAAAUGUUGAUGUUGAAACUCAUGAACUCAAUAUCCAAAUUAGUCACCAUUCUCAAUUCCCUAUGUGAUUAGACUUGUAAAUGUGUCUUCUCUUGAGUGUUCUAUAAUUAUAUAUAUUCGUACAUUUUUCUUCAUAUAUGUAAAUGACUAGAUAGUCUUGUCAAAAUGUAAAUUAUGAUAUUAAAAUAUUUGAACACAUGAUACUAUUUUAUCUGGCAAGUUAAAUUAAGUGUGAAGAACAUUGCAUUUUUUAGUUAAAAUGUAAUCAGUUCGCAUUUGUUGAAGUUAAUUAGGAAAUAUAUAUUAUCAUAAGGUGAAAAGGUUAUAAUGUGGAAAUACGAAAAAUGUGUUAUUUUAUUAUGAA